GAAAAAUCGUAUACACACCUCGGGCAGGAAAAAGUAAAGCCUCAGACCACAUGUUUGUCAGCCUCGGCUUCGCCUCGGCCGACAAUUACAUGUGAUCUGAGACUUUCCUUAUUUUCCUGCCCUAGGUAUGUAAUAUACUAUUAUUGCUCCCCUAGCCGAAAGUACGCACUUUCGGGCCGCAUUUCAGACCGGGAAGAACAAUUUUUGUGGCCGGCUUAUGACAGCGCGCUCUGACGGGAUUUUUGCGGCCGGUGAUAUGAACAUAUGCACGCAUUAUGCUCUAUUCAUUUGUUCUGUGCUUGCUCGUGUCAAACGGUCGUUUUGCAAACGCGUGAAUUGUUUCUACAUCCUCGAAGUCGUGCGUAAAAAAAAUGGAGCAAUCGUCAUCAAAAGGUUCCGCAGACGGGGAAGAAAUAUUGAGGAAUUUCGAUGAAGAGGCCAACGUUAUUGUGCAAGCCAAAAUGAUAUCGAGGAAAUCUUCCGAUCGGUAUCUUCUCGUCUACAACACCUACAAGACAUGGCGAGAAGAAAAUAAAAAAUCUCUCUCCAGCUCAGAAGAAAACAACCUGAUAAUUUAUUUCCGAACCUUAAAAGAAAAACUGAAACCGCCAACUUUGUGGAGCAUAUGGAGCAUGCUUAAAAAAACGUUAAAUAUAAACGAGAAUAUUAAUAUUCAUCAUUUUCUGAAAUUAAAAAUUCUGAUAAAAACGAAUGCCAAAGGCUACAAACCGAAGAAAGCUUGCGUUUUAAGAUGGAAUCAUAUCACAAAAUUUAUGGACGAGGCUUCAAAUCACACGUAUUUAGCUAUGAAGUUUCUACAGGUUAUACUAAUAUUUGGAGUCUGCGGUUGCCUACGUUGUGACGAAAUCACAAAUAUGAAGGUCGAAGAUGUGGAAGACCUAACUGAUAAAUAUCUUGUCUCAAUAAAUUAUAACAAGAAUGAUUACGCUGGACAAUUUAGUAUUGGAAAUCUUUUCUACGACACAGUCAAGAAAUAUAUUUCGUUGGGACCAUCAGACAAAUUCAGCGACAGGUUUUUUAUCAAGUACGCAGAAGGCAAAUGUUUUCGAACAGCGAUAGGAAAACAUAAGAUCGGAGAAGUCCCCGAGAAGAUUGCGUCCUACCUAAAUCUACCCAAUCCAAAAAAAUACACCGGCCACUCCUUUCGCAGAACGUCUGCGACGCUUCUUUCCGAUUCCGGUGCCAACAUGCAAAUGGUGAAGCAGCUAGGAAGAUGGCGUUCAGACAUAAUCGCACAGGGGUACAUCGAAAAUUCUAUGCGCAAUAGGGAAAUGAUCUACAAUGGUGUAAUUCAAAAAACUGCAACGACAGACAUCCAUUCAAUGCCAUCUACUAGCACACAGAACACCGCCGAACCUGAAAAUGACGACUCCGAUCUUCACGUUAAUUGGUUGGAUUUUGAUGAAGACUUCACUGUCAACGACGUUGAUCCCACUCCAAGUACAGUUGUAAAAAACGAUUUUACCACUGCGAGGAACAAACCGAUACUCAUCCCAAUUGGGAAUCGGAAUGAACCGGAUGGUAGCAGGAAAAACUUGUUCUGGAAUAAACCAGGAAUAAAGCUAACUUUCGAAAAUCAAGCGAAUGUUCAGCCACCGACACGUGGAAGAAGGAAAAACGAUGAAGAUUCGGACAACCAAAACCAAGCAGCUGUUCAGCCAAUCACGUGGAAACGAAAAAAAACGAUGAAGAUUCGGGCCACCAAAAUUCCAACGGUUUAAAUUCAGCACUGAAGACCGAACAAUUACAAUUUUCUAAUUGUACAUUCAACAACUGCGUUUUCAACAUCAAUUUAUGUAAUUCUAAUAAAGAA